GCCCUUCGAACAUUUCUUGGGUGACCUUUUCCUCCGUUCCACCACCCGCCCACGACACAUCCACCAUUCAUCAACAACGACAAGAUGCGUGAAGUUAUCUCUCUCCAUGUUGGCCAGGCAGGUGUACAAAUUGGCAACGCCUGCUGGGAGCUGUACACUUUGGAACAUGGCUUGAGCCCUGAUGGUCGUGUCAUGGAUGGCUCAAACACAGAUCAAGGCUUCUCGACGUUCUUUUCUGAGACUGGUGCAGGAAAACACGUCCCUCGUUCACUUUACAUCGACCUUGAACCUGGUGCGAUUGACGAAGUAAAGACGGGUCCCUAUAGGUCUCUUUUUCACCCUGAGACCAUGAUAACAGGGAAGGAGGACGCGGCAAACAACUAUGCUCGUGGACACUACACUGUGGGCAAGGAGCUCAUUGAUCCCGUGAUGGAUAAGCUCCGCCGCCUUGCGGACAAUUGCUCUGGUCUACAAGGAUUUUUCGUGUUCCACUCCUUCGGUGGAGGUACUGGCUCUGGCUUCGGUGCUCUUCUUUUGGAGCGCCUGUCGACAGAUUAUGGCAAGAAGUCGAAACUGGAGUUUUGCGUGUACCCCGCUCCUCAGAUGUCUAGUUCAGUUGUGGAACCCUACAACUCUGUCCUUACUACGCACACGACUCUGGAGCACUCUGAUUGUUCAUUCAUGGUUGACAACGAGGCUAUAUACGACAUUUGCAAGAAAAACCUUGGAGUUUCUCAGCCCAGCUUCACCAACCUGAACCGCUUGAUUGCACAGGUGGUUUCAUCGGUCACCGCAUCCCUGCGCUUCGAUGGUUCUCUUAACGUCGAUCUUAACGAAUUUCAGACCAACCUGGUUCCUUUCCCUCGCAUUCAUUUCCCUUUGGCUACUUAUGCACCCUUACUGUCUGCUGACAAGGCUACUCAUGAACAAAACUCCGUUGCUGAGAUGACUUUCUCUUGCUUCGAGCACGGUAACCAGAUGGUAAAAUGUGAUCCCAAGGAGGGCAAAUACAUGGCGUGUUGCUUGUUGUACCGCGGUGAUGUCGUUCCUAAGGUUGUGCAAGCUGCAGUUGCAAGUAUCAAGACCAAGAGGACCAUCCAAUUUGUUGACUGGUGCCCGACUGGUUUCAAGCUGGGUAUAUGCAAUGAACCCCCUGUGCAUGUACCAGGUGGAGACCUCGCUAAAGCUAGUCGCAGCCUUUGUAUGCUUUCGAACACCACUGCCAUUUCUGCCGCCUGGGGUCGUCUUGACUACAAGUUUGAUCUGAUGUACUCCAAGCGCGCAUUCGUUCACUGGUAUGUAGGUGAAGGUAUGGAGGAAGGCGAGUUUUCCGAAGCCCGUGAAGACUUGGCAGCACUGGAAAAAGAUUAUGAAGAAGUUGGUACUGACUCUGCAGAUGCUGAAGAGGAGGGCGAGUAUUAGACACGGCGAUUCUCUCUUGAUGAUGAUGGUAUAAUAAUUCUGGUGACCUGUUCAAUUUGUUUCGAGUUCGUUUGUUUCCGUUAUCUAUCGCAUUGCUGCUUUCGCUUGUGGUAUUGAUAUUUCCGCAUACAUACUCAGGUUUUGCUUGUGUUUGCUUAUUUCUUUACAAGAAAAGACCUAACAUAACACUUCUUCUAGUAUGGUAAUAUGUUUCCGAAUAUUGUCCAUAUCAUGGGUCGAUAUUGUUAUGAGGAAAAGUACAUUUCAUGGUUUGCCUGUGUAAUGGAAAAAAUCGCAAAGAAAUGAUUGCAUCGAUUU